UGGAUUAAUAAAGAACAUUGUGCAGGUAGAAGACGAAUUCUCUCUCAUUUUUCAAGCCUAUCGAACAAAGAAUGGUGUAUACGACAUUGGAAUAUCAUCUGAAGUUGCUGGGGUAUUUAAGUGUACAAACUUGUCGAAUUCAAUGGAAGUAGUUUCACUCAAUCAAGUGAAAGACAAAUGUUACAGAAUGCCUUGUUGGAGUACUGCACUAGGACAAGAAGAAAAUGUAAUAGAAAAUGACUGGGUAUGUUCAGUACUAUCCAGUCAACAAGAAAUUCCUCAAAUUUAAUAUCUUAUGUAGAAGCAUUUGAAAAGCUUGUAUGCUACAUAAUAUCAUGCCAUGGAAAAUAUGAGAGAGAAAGACGCACCUCCUAAUGCGGUCAAAAAGAUGUCCCUUAAAAAUACUGCAAUCGAGAAAGCCAAAGGAGCAAAAGUUGCAUCAAAAACAGUAAACAAAAUGUUUAUUAAAAAUACCCUAAGAGUAUCCAGUACAGGGAGAAAAAUUACAACACCUAAGAACAUUUUAAGCACUUCUGACGAAGAGACUAUCCCGAAAAUAUCCAAAAAAGCAAAAACUGUCACCGGAAGCUUAAAAAACUUGAAAAAACUGGCGAUAAGUUUAAACCUAGAAACUGAUAAGCAAAGAGACCAACAGCAGCAUUCAGAAGUUCAGAAUUCAGGAGUAUUAAAUUCUGGAAGCUUGCAAGUUGGUGCACAUCAGACCACAACUCAGCAAAUCCAGAAAAUUGAUCUUUCAAAGACGGACAAAGUACAGCAUUCAGGAAAUCAGAAUGCAGGAACAUCAAAUUCUGGAAGCAUACAGCUAGGUGCAUAUCAGAGCUUAUACCAACCAAAGCAGAAAAUCCCUCUUUCAAAUUUAAGUGUGACCUCAUUAAGACAGAACGCACUGCCCAUGCCUCCAAAUUCCAUGCAAAUAGUUAAUGACAGUGGUGGUCUUACAGAAUUAGUAUUUUUGUCUGAUUCAACGUCUAAUAUGUUUGAUAAUAAUAAUCAAGAUGGCGGUGAAAACGAAUUUUUGGAGUUCAAAAACGAUUAUUUGAAGUUUAAAAACGAUUUUUUGGAGUUCAAAAAUGAAGUGUUGCGGAGAUUCGAAUGA